UACUGCAUCUUCUCUGUCCCUUGCUGAUCCGUCACUGGAACCACUCCGCUCACUUCUACCUGGACAGGUACCUGCUGGGUGACGGGAAACAGUCUCUUCUGUGGUGUGUUGCUGAUCUUCUGCAGCCAUGUGUGACCAGACGUUCAUGGCGGCCACCUUCGGCCCGUGUGACAGCUGCAGCAAGGCCAGUCCGCUGAUGAACAUCUACAUCAAAAGCGAGGCCAUCAACUACUGCUCCUUCUGCGUGGAAAUGAUGGCGUGCCAGGGGCUCCAGAAAGGGGAGACCCUGGCAUCACUGAAGAAGGAGAGCGAGAACCUGAAGAAGAAGCUGGAGGAGGAGCGCGGCAAGCUGAACGAUGUGGAGUUGCAUCAGGUGGCUGAGAAGAUGGAGGCGGUGGCCGCUCUCUCCUUGAAGACCAGGCGCGUCCUGAAAGGCCAUGGCAACAAGGUUCUGUGUAUGGACUGGUGUAAGGACAAACGUCGCCUGGUCAGCUCUUCACAGGAUGGAAAAGUGAUUGUCUGGGAUGCGUUUACUCUCAAUAAGGAGCAUGGGAUAACCCUGCCAUGUACGUGGGUGAUGGCAUGUGCGUACGCUCCCUCCGGUUGUGCUGUGGCAUGCGGGGGUUUGGAUAACAAAUGCUCAGUGGUCCCGCUGUCACUGGACAGAACUGAGAACCUGGCAGCAAAGAAGAAGUCGGUCGCCAUGCACACCAACUAUGUAUCAGGAUGCUCCUUCACCAACUCGGACAUGCAGCUGCUGACCUCCAGCGGGGAUGGAACAUGUGCAUUGUGGGACGUGGAGAGUGGGCAGCUGCUGCAGAGCUUCCACGGUCACACGGCGGACGUCUUGUCGCUGGACCUUGCUCCGUCCGAGACCGGAAACACGUUUGUGUCCGGGGGCUGCGAUAUGAAGGCCAACGUGUGGGACAUGCGCUCGGGACAGAACAUUCAGUCUUUUGAAAGCCACGAGUCGGAUAUCAACUGUGUGAAGUACUAUCCCAGUGGAGACGCAUUUGCAUCUGCGUCAGAUGACGCCACGUGCCGUUUCUACGACCUGCGGGCGGACCGCGAAGUUGCCGUCUACCAGAAGGACAGCAUCAUAUUUGGUGCCUCCUCUGUGGAUUUCUCUCUGAGUGGCCGCCUGUUGUUCUCUGGGCACAAUGACUACACCAUAAACAUUUGGGACGUUUUGAAGGGAACUCGCGUCUCCAUCCUGUUUGGCCAUGAAAACCGCAUCAGCAGAGUCCGAGUGUCGCCUGAUGGCACGGCGCUCUGCUCGGCCUCCUGGGACAACAGUCUACGGAUUUGGGCCUAGCGUCGUCCCAGCGCUUCAGUCCAAGUAAACAACACGAAGAUUAGCACUCCUGCUGGAUAUCAAUCACUCUUGCUCGAGCGUGUCGAUCCAAAAGUUCAACCGCUUCCAGAUGUGAUGCUGCAUCAGUUCCUUGUUAACACACAAAGCUAAACAGCUUGUUAGCUUCAUGUCUGAGCGCUGUGCCUGGUAAAUGUACUCGGACCCCUUGAAUUUUUUCAGAUUUCGUCUAGUUACAACCACGGCUUUUCCAUGAAUUAUAUUGGACUUUUAGGUGACAGACCAGUUUUUCUGAUUGAAAAAAAAAAAACCUCAGCAUCCUACUUCCACCACCAUGUUUCACUGUGGUCGUGGUGUUUUGGGGGCUUAUCUGCAGUGUCACACAAUGUUUCACAUGUGGGUGGAAAAGUUCAUGAGGGCACCCAGCAUGAACUUGGGUUCAUGCUGGGUGCCUGAACCCAUGCAUGGGUGGACUCGCUGUCCACCCAUGCAGGUGGACUCGCUGUGAAUUAGGCGAGCUCUGACACAAAAGGAUUUUAUAUAGAGGUAUCGUAUUACUGGGGGCUGAAUACAUAUGCAAGGCACAUUUUUCAGACUUCUCACCAAACCAUGUCUCCCUUUUCUUUCUAUACUUAUUUCAGUUAAAUACAUUCAAGUUUGUGAUUGUAAUGUGACAGUGUGAAAAAAAUUGACAUUUUUACAAGGCGCCAUCUCCAACAGCACUCCUUUUGAAGGAUUUCAUCACUUAUAGAGAUAUUUACUAAUUAAUCUGUUGGCCUACUGGUAAUAAAAUUGACCAUAGAAAUCGGAUUGAACAACAAAAAAGACAAUGGAAAAAACAUAUUUCUGCAAAGAACAGAUAAGAUAUGUAAGAACAACAUAUUGAUUAUUAUUGUCAUCAUUUAACCUUCUUUAUUUGACUUAUGAACUCCAGUCAGGUUCAUUUAAUGGGUUUGAAAGCGCUGCUCUAAUAACGGCACCUUAUGGCAUAAAGUUAGCUACCAGUAUUAUUAUGUUUUUAUUUAACGGUAUAUUAACUAUUUUGAUCACUGAUUUUCCCAUGAGAAAAUAAAAACAAGUUGUGCAGUGUU